AUGCAACACGCGAACAACCAGUGCGAAGAGAAAGAGGCACAAAGUGCCUACACGGUCUCACGGCUGCAGAGCCUGAAGACGGAGUUCCAGAGGGAAAAAGAGGAGCUUCUGGAUGCCUGUGACUCUGUGGAGGAGAUCAGUGACUCCCUGCGGGAAGAGAACAGGGUGCUGAAGCAGAAGGUGAGACACCUGCAGGUGAUCACGGAGGAUCACGAGCAGCUGCUGAAAGAAACCCCGAGCUCGCACGAGGCUCUCCGGCAAGAGAAAGUCUCAGAGCUGGAGCUCAGGGCACAGAAGGAAGAAGUGGAGAAGGAGAACGAGCGCCUGGAGAAUGAACGCGCCUCCCUCACUGACAGCCUGACUCAGUCCAAAGAAGACAGAGAGAGACAUUUAGAAGAAAUACAUGAUAUAAACCGAAAGAGAUCCGGGCUUCAGCGCCGCCUGGCGGAGAAAAGAGCGGCCAUAAAAGAGGCAGAAGAGGAACUUUUGAAGAAGAACUCGCGCAUUGACAAACUGAAGUCAAUAGCAGAGAAUUACGCCGCUCACAUCCAGGCGGACCAGGAGAAAAUAAAGGCUUUGGAGGAGCGCAUUGCUGCCUCGGCUUCUGAGAGAACAGCGCCCUCUAUCGCUGAGGAGAUGGCACCACAUGAGGUGGAGAAGAUGAAGGAGAAGAAGCUGGAGGAGAAGACGAGGAAGAGACGUGGUUUGGCAUGGAGAAACGUGUUGAUCUGCGUGAUGAGCUUUGCUCUGACGCUCCUGUUUCUCCUGUGCUCCGUCGUCUCCACCGUGCCAGCGUGCAGUGAGGCAUCAGGCGUUCAGUGCAGCGAGCUCCUGCAGGAUGCUGUGAGGUCUGUCAUCGAGCCUUACUGCACUCUUACAUUCACUGAACCUCCACCGAUCUAAAGUUCAACACCAAAUGACUCAAUAAAAACAUGCUUAAAGCUGA